GCGACACCAGUGUACAGCAGCAGUCCGGCUAGAUUUGCUGCUAGCCAGAGAGGAUCAGCUGAUAUUUUACGGGAUGUUCGUAUAGAUGACCAUUUCACCUGCUCGUAAGCUCAGCUCUCUGAAGAUGUGCCGCUGAAGAAUGCGAUAGAUAGAGUGGAUGUGCCACAUUCAAAGUUGUUGUAAAAUAAAUUACGCCUGCAGUGAGUUCGGAGACUCUUGUCAUCCCGGUUGUCAUGGAGAAGCCAUGGAGGUUAUGGGGGGCAUUGGAGGCGUGUUUGCUGACCAUGUGCGCCUGGUCCUGGGGAGUCUGCCGUGUCUCCCUGCUGGCCCUCAUUCUGACCUUCCACUUGUACGGAGGCUUCAUCCUGCUAGGACUCAUCCUGGCCUCUGUGGCCGGCAUCCUGUACAAGUUCCAGGACGUGCUGCUCUACUUUCCCGACCAGCCCUCAUCCUCGCGGCUUUACGUCCCCAUGCCGACGGGAAUUCCCCACGAAAACGUGUACAUCCGCACCAAAGACGGUGUGCGGCUCAACCUCAUCCUGCUCCGCUACACCGGUGAAAACCCUGCCGCUGCUCCCACCAUUUUAUAUUUCCACGGCAAUGCGGGGAACAUCGGCCACCGCGUCCCGAACGCACUGCUCAUGCUAGUCAACCUGAAGACCAACGUGGUACUGCUGGACUACAGAGGCUACGGAAAGAGCGAAGGAGAACCUAGCGAAGAGGGCCUGUACCAGGACGCCGAGGCCACCUUGGAUUACAUCAUGACCCGGCCGGACAUCGACAAGACCAAGGUGGUGCUAUUCGGCCGCUCGUUGGGUGGCGCCGUGGCCAUCCGUCUGGCAUCGUGUAACCCGCAUCGAGUGGCCGCCAUCAUGGUGGAGAACACUUUCUUGAGCAUCCCGCACAUGGCGGCCACGCUGUUCUCUUUCUUCCCCAUGCGUUACCUACCGCUCUGGUGCUACAAGAACAAGUUUCUGUCCUAUAGACAUGUGGCGCUGUGCCGUAUGCCGUCUCUCUUCAUUUCGGGCUUAUCAGACCAACUCAUCCCUCCGGUGAUGAUGAAACAGCUGUACGAGCUGUCGCCGUCUCGGACUAAACGCCUCGCCAUUUUUCCCGAGGGGACGCACAAUGACACCUGGCAGUGCCAGGGUUAUUUUGCCGCCCUAGAGCAGUUUAUGAAAGAGCUUCUUAAAAGCCAUGCCCGAGAAGAGACGGCCCAGGGGACGGCUAACGUCACCAUAAUCUAGAACAGUAACUAUUGUUGACUGCUCUAAAUCUGGACCCUCUCAGAUAGAAUGUACAAUUUAUUCUCUCUUUUUUAUUAUUUCUCUUCUCCCCAACUUCCUAAGGUCUUUCUUUCCAUUGAUCACACACCAAGAAUUCAUUAUUUGCAGUUUCGUUUAUUUAAUAGAGAAGGCUGAAUUUUUUAAGCCUUCAGAAUAUUUUUUGUCAGUUUUUAUAUCAAGUAUGAAUGCACCUGCCUCAGAUUUAAUGCCCUCUCAGUUCUUUUUUAUUUACUGACCAUUCCUAACUUCAAAAGUAUAUUGAAAGCCCCACCACAUCUAAACGUAAUUGGAAAUAGUUAUUUGCCUAAUCACAAUGGUCAGAACUUCCGUCUUAGCUUGAAUUCUCCAGUCUAGACGUUUUUAGAAUAGUGGUUUAAAAUGCAUGAGUAAAAUAAUGUCUGUGGUUACCAUUAUGUGAGGAGACUGUCACGUUUGUUUCACCACUUAUAUUACAUACAUAAGUUGGUAACAGUAAUGUUAAAGUUGCUAAAAAAUACUUUAAUUUGACACUUACACAUUUAAAAUACAAAACUGAUUAAAAAAUCACAUUUGAAGUAUGACUGUAUGUAAUUUGUUAACCACAAAUUUUAUUUUACUCAUGAAUGACAAACUACUAUUGCAAGAAUAUGGAAGCCCAUUUUCCAACAAUGAAUUAAAAAAAAAUUAAAAGGACUUUUUUUUUAUCUCACAGUUCAAAUUUUUUUCUCAUCAUUGCAGAAUAAAAACCCACAUUUCUGACUUCUUACACUUUUUUUCUUGUAGUUGUGAGUUUAUAUGUUGCAAUUCUGACUUUUUUUUCCUCAGAAUUGUAAAAUAUAAACUCACAAUUGAAAAACAAGAUUGAUAUGUUCUCAGAAUUGCGAGUUCAUAUCUCACAAUUCUGACUUAACUUGCAGUUGCAUGAAACAAGUCACAAUUGUGAGAUAUAAUUGACAUUCUGCAAUUAUCUGCAAUUCUGACUUCAUUUCUCAGAAUUGUGAGUUUGUCUUGCAAUUCUGUCUUCAUAACUUGCAAUUGCAUGUUUAUAUCAUACAAUUUUAACUUAAUUUCUCAGAAAUGCGAGUUUAUAUAGGAAAAAAGUCACAGGUGUGAGUUUAUAUCACACAAUUCUGACUUAAUUGUUCAGAAAUGCGAGUUUAUGUCACAAUUCUGAAAAGUUUACAUCUUUGUAAACUUUUUUUUCUGAAAAAAACUUGCAGAGUCCGAAUUGCCAGAUAAAAAGUUGCAGUGUUUUUUUUUUUUUUUUUUCAGUGGCGGAAACGGGCUUCCAUACAAAAACUCCUAGGUUUCAAGACUACUAAAAUAACUCAAACAAACUACUAAACAAACAGAGAAUCUCUAUUUUUAUUUAUUUUGUUUAUAUGUAAUAUAUACAAACUUUUUCUUUUUCUUUUUCUUUUUGAAACAAAACAGAGGGCUCAUUAAAAUUAUUUUUUGCCUUUUAAUAUCCAGUGAAUACAGUUAAAUGGACCAGGGGCAACUGAUCCUAGUUCACACAUCUUCGUCUAUGGCAUUUCAUGCAUUCAAUCUUCUGUGUCCGGCUGUAACGUGUUGGAGCUUUAUUUAUCACACUGCCUUCUUUUUUUACGGAAGGCUAAAAAUCCACUCAGGAAAUCGGCUCAUUGUGGUUUGAUCCCAUGUUUUGGAUUUGCAUAUGGAGCUGUGUGUGAGAAGUAUAGAUUUCUAUACUGAUUUUCAUGUAGGCUGCAGUUCACUGUGAGCACUGUAUGAAAAUUCCAACACCACAAGCCUAAAGUAUGUUUACUCUCUCUCAGGCUUAGUGAUCUUCUGAAAGUAAGAGCGCAAUCGCACAUAGCAGCUGCUUGACAGUGUUCCAAGCACAGUCCAUUUGCACAACUUGUAAAUAAGAUCUUUCCCUUCUUUUAAUACGGUCAAGUGCUUAACGUCAUCUUUACAAAUGACCUGUUUUGUUUGGAUCAUGUUGGAAAACCUGCCCAUUGGUGACUGUUGCACUGUGUCACACAUCCAUUUUCUUGCAGCUCCCCUCAAAAGCAAAAACAUUCGCAACAAUGUAAGGAUUAAUUAACAAAAAAAAAAAUUGCCAUCAUUUACUUUUUCUUCAGUGAAAGGAGACAUUUCGAAGAGUACUUGAGUCACUUUUC